AUGGCCAUCACUGAGGUGUGGGAUGGUGUGGCCGAGGUACACAUGGCGCUGAACAACCAGGCCACGGGGCUCCUGAACCUCAAGAAGGACAUCCGGGGCGUGCUGGAUCAGAUGGAGGACAUCCAGCUGGAGAUUCUAGGGGAGCGGGCCCAGUGCCGCGCCCAGGCCAGGAAGGAGCAGCAGCUGGCGUGCUCAGCGAAAGGGCGGUCACAGCUGGGAUGUUCCGAGGGCCUCAAAGGCCAGCUCUGGCUGCUGGCCCUGAGGCUGCUGCUGGGCGCCCUGCUGGCCUGCACCGCCGCCUACGUGUACGUGGUGGACCCCGCACCCUUCGAGGGGCUGGUGCCGCCCCUGCUGAGCCGCGCCGCCGUCUGGAAGCUCCGGGCCCUGCUCGGCCCCUUCCUGCGCCUCGAGGUGGACGACUUCCUGCCCUUCUAG